AUGAAUCCAGUUAGUCCCUGGCUGGCGGCGUUGGCCGAACAAUGUCUCUCGUUUUACCUCGGCCGAAACAGUCAAGAUGGAAUCGAAGUGGAAGAUCUUGAGGGUUGCCUCAGCUUCAGUAUGCGCGGGCUUGUCAUGUCAGCCAUAAUUGACAAGUGGGGACAGGGAGACGGUGAUCGCGCUACAUUGACGGACUCCAAGAAUCAAAUUGAUGCCAUUUUCUCGCGCGAUUCGCUAAAUGAGCACGAAGCUAGCUCACCUUGCCCGCCUACGAUCAAAGAAGGACCCAAAAAGCAACUAAUUGAGCUUCUUGAUGUCACUAAAGGGGAACCUCCUAAACCAAAACUCAAGAAGACGCCGGCUAUCAAAGUUCUAUUGAAAGAGGCAUGUCAGAAAACGCAGAAAAGUUCCCUUGAUGCUAGACCCAAUGGCCAAGAAGAUAUUGCCUUGGCUGAGCCUUCAAUCUCCCAGUUUGACCAACCGGCGUCGCCCGAUUCUCAAUUUGAGUCGAUGGGAUCGCAGUUCUUCUCUCAAGUUCUCUCCAAUACCAUCCAUGACGCACAGAGGGACCAUUAUAAAAGGAGUCACGUUUCUCUCAAUAAGGAUGCAAUCCUUGGGCUCUUGAGACCUUCUGCUGGCCUGAUUCAUACUAGGACAGAAACCCCCAGCCUGCCUCUGGGUAGUAGCAACAGCACGCAGUCCGCCUUACCGGACGGAAAAACACCGAUUGAAUCAGGAGAACACCCCUCAUACAGACCGUCGAGCACGCUCGCUGAAGCUGAAUGCCCCGACACACCUGAUUCCAAUGCACCUCGUCCCAAUACCAGCCAGGAUAUCGUUGGCCCGGCAGUCAUUGAGAGACAAUCUGCGUCUUCUUCGAUUGAUCUAGUUGAUCGCGACGAGACUGUGAAUAGGGAAGAACAAAAAAGGAUGAUGUCUUAA